UUAAGGUCAGAGGGCAUGGGUUCAAAUGCCGGCUCCGCCUAUUGUCAGCUGGGUGACGCUGGGCCUCGGGGAGUCAUUCCUUCAAUGCACUUAGGCAGAAAUAUGGAAGAAAGAGGGGGGAUCGCGCUCCGCCGUUACCAUCUACUCCGGUUUCUUUGCCUGUUGAUGUUCAGUUUGGACCCUCUUGUUUGUGCCUUGCUGGAAUCCGUCCUUGACCGAGGUGUCAACCUGAAGGUUCGUUACGUCAGCAAACUGAACAGCAGCCAAGGUUACUGUGAAAAGAAAAUGAAAAUGGAGUCAUUUGCAGCAUGGAGUCUUUCCACAGAAAAACUAGGAAUCUUGCCAAUCGAUCCUAUUGAAGAAAACUAUGUCCGUGAAGUGAAACACUGCAUUUUUUCCAUUGUCUAUCCCACUCCUUUCCAAUCAAGAGUAUAUCUGGCAGCAGUUUCAAAGGAAGUUUUGGAAGACAUUUUAGAUCUUGAUAUAUCUAUCUCCAAGACGGAUGAUUUUAUACAACUUGUAAGUGGUGGGAAAAUAGUGUCUGAGUCUGUUCCACUGGCUCACAGAUAUGGAGGUCAUCAGUUUGGAACCUGGGCAGGACAGCUUGGGGAUGGAAGAGCCCAUCUUAUUGGCAUCUACACCAACAGGCACGGUGAGCAAUGGGAACUCCAGUUAAAAGGCUCAGGAAGGACCCCAUACUCAAGAAAUGGUGAUGGAAGAGCUGUGCUUCGUUCCUCAGUGAGAGAGUUUUUGGGUAGUGAGGCCAUGCAUUAUCUUAGGAUUCCAACAAGCAGAGCUGUAAGCCUAGUUGUUAGUUAUGAUGAUGUGUGGAGAGAUCAGUUCUACAAUGGAAAUGUAGGAAAAGAAAGAGGUGCAAUAGUCCUGCGUAUUGCAAAAUCAUGGUUUCGUAUUGGAUCAUUAGAAAUUUUGGCUCAUUAUGGGGAAAAGGAUUUAUUAAGGACAGUAUUAGAUUUUGUCAUACAGGAACACUUUACUUUAAUAGAUGUGAAUGAUCACAACAGCUACUUGGAUUUUUUCUCGGCUGUUGUGUCUGAAACCACAAGUCUUAUUGCUUUAUGGAUGUCUGUGGGUUUUGCUCAUGGUGUUUGUAAUACUGAUAACUUCAGUUUGUUGUCCAUUACAAUAGACUAUGGUCCUUUUGGUUUCAUGGAAUCCUACGACCCAAAUUUUGUUCCAAACACGUCUGAUGAUGAAAGGAGAUAUAAAAUAGGCAAUCAGGCCAGUGUUGGGUUGUUUAAUCUGAACAAGCUAUUACAAGUUCUAAAUCCUUUAUUGGAUCCUGGACAGAAACAGCUUGCUGCUCAGAUUCUUGAGAGAUAUCCUGAUCUUUAUAAUAAAAGAAUUAAGGAGCUCUUCAAAGCCAAAUUGGGUUUCCUUGGAGAGAGGAAAGGUGAUGGCUAUUUGAUUGCAUUUCUUCUACAACUCAUGGAAGAGACAAAAGCUGAUUUUACAAUGACAUUUCGGCAGCUCAGUGAGAUUACUCAGGAGCAGCUUCAGGAGCUCAACAUUCCUCAGGAAUUUUGGGCAUUGAAGGACAUUUCAGAACAUAAGCUCUUUCCUGACUGGGUGACCAUGUAUCUUUUGAGACUGCAGAGUAACUUGGAUGACUCAGAUGCUGAGAGAAGAAAAAGGAUGACAAGUGUCAACCCUAGAUAUGUACUUAAGAACUGGAUGGCAGAAUCUGCAGUGAGAAAAGCUGAAAUGAAUGAUUUUUCGGAGGUUCGUUUUCUCCAUCAAGUUCUCCAGCGUCCUUUCCAGAGCCAGACUGCAGCGGAGAAAGCAGGAUACUCUUCCCCUUCCCCUUCCUGGGCCAAAGAUCUCCGGGUCAGCUGUUCAUCGUGAAAAAGAGCCCCGAAGCAAGAAACGUUAUAGAAAAUAGAUCUGAGAAGACGUUCACGACAAAGUGCUUCACAGUGCCGGGCUUGCAUUUUGAUAGUACAUUUCGACAUGAUGACAGGAGAAAUAAAUGAUGAAUGGGGCCAAAAUAUUAGCUUCUGGGUUCCUUCUGUGAAAUCAUCCUUGGAUU